AUGGCCGCCCUGUUCCGCGUCAAGGCGCUCUACGAUUACUCGUCGCCGCACGAGGACGACCUCAACUUCCCCGCCGGGCAGAUCAUUGCUGUGACGGACGAUGAAGACGCCGACUGGUACGGCGGCGAGUACGUCGACGAGGCCGGCGCCAAGAAGGAGGGCAUCUUCCCUCGCAACUUUGUCGAGAAGUUUGAGCCCGUCGCGCCCCCGCGGCCCGUGAGGAAACAAAAGCAAGAGCCAGAGGCCGCCGCCCCUGCUCCCCCUCCCCCGGAGGCUUCUGCCCCCGAGGACACAGCUGGACGAUCGACACCUCCGCCAGCGAUCCUGGGAGGCGUGGCCUCGCUGCCCUCUCCGAAGAGAGUUGCAGAGCCCGUCAGGCACACGCAGCCCGCCGAGGCUCCCGCUCCUCCUGUCCCUGCGCCCGUUCCUGUCGCGGCUCCUACUCCCCCGCCGGUGGCAUCUCCUCCCGCGCCAGCUCCGGCACCGCUGCCGACCUCGCCAAAGCGUACUGAAUCUCCCGCCUCGGCAGCUUCGAGUGCGCCCAAGCCCAAGCCCGCGCCUCCGCCGGUUUCCGAGAAGCCCAGCUCCUUUAAAGACCGCAUUGCAGCGUUUAACAAAUCAGCCGCACCCCCAAUUGCGCCCUUUAAGCCCAGCGGCCUCGGCGGCGGCAGUGGAUCGGGAUUUAUAAAGAAGCCUUUCGUGGCACCGCCUCCUAGUCGAAAUGCAUAUAUUCCGCCGGUCCGCGAAGCUCCUGCCGCCAAGGUCUACCGCAGAGAUGAAGAUCCUGAGAUCAAAGACCGGGUGGCCGAGACCCAGGGACAAGCCGAGAAGGCGGGGUUGGUCCCUACUGAAACCCAGAAAGAAGGGGAUGAAGAAGAUCAGCCGAAGCCUACCAGCUUGAAAGAGCGCAUUGCGCUUCUCCAGAAACAACAGAUGGAACAAGCGCAGCGCCAUGCUGACGCGGCGUCUAAGAAAGAGAAGCCAAAGAAGCCGCCGCCACCCAAGAAGCGCCUCGACUCCCAGGUUUCUGUCCCCGAAGCCGAGGAAGCGCCCGCGGUACCCGAUCGAAGAAGCAUUGAUGAGCCUCCUGUUAGGGCCUCAAUGGAUGGUGCGCCUUCUGAGAAUGCUCCUUUAGCGCUGCGACCCCAGCCUGAAUUAAAUGUGUCUUCGAGACCUGUUUCCAGGGACACUGCUAAUGAAGUCAAAGAUGACACUGCAGAAGCAGAUGUUGACGAUCAUGCUUCACACCGGCUGUCCAAGAUUCCAACCUCAUCCACUACCGCUGGCGCCGCUCCCGCUCAUGAAAUAGAACAGCUGGCAACAGAGCCCCAAGAAGCGGUUGAAGAAGAGGCUGAGCAGGAGGAGCAAGAAACUCAGGAGGAAGAGGAAGAGGAAGUUGAUCCUGAGGUCAGGCGCAAAGAGGAACUCCGAGCACGAAUGGCCAAGAUGAGCGGUGGCAUGGGCUUUCAUGGCAUGUUUGGCCCGCCAUUGGGAGGUGGCCUACCGCCAAGGGGACCCAAGCCGCCUGCCAGAUCUGCCACUACUCGUGAAGAGGAUGUCACUCCGCCACCACACGCUCCUCCUGUUCCAGCCAUGAUACCAAUUCCAGGCAUGAUGGGUGUUCCAGUUAAGCCCGCCGAAGAACCAGCUCCGGCCGAAGAAUCAGAGACUGAACAAGCACAGAAACCUGAAGAAGAGGGAGACACCACUCCCCCUGCGGCCGCCCCCGAGCAUGCCGAAGAAGCCCUUCCGGAGCAUAGGCCACCACCCCCUGUUCCUCACGAAGAAUUUUCGGCGCCCCCUGUUCCUCUAGCCGCUCGACCGGUGCCCCCUCCCGCUCCUGCAGCAGCGCGCUCUCCUCCGCCUCUGCCCUCAGCUCCUCCACCUGUCAAGUCUGCUACAGAGGGAUCAGAAUCUGAUGACGAGCUGUCAAGCGGAGCACGUGAGAAUCAUGAGCCAGCUCCCGCAGUUCUGAGAUCUCCCCCUCAACCCCCUCACCCAAUAGACACAUCGUCGCCUCAGUCGCCACGACUGCCUUCACGCGAUGCAUUCUCGCCAACGUCACCGACUAGCAAACGCGCGAGUAGACCGCCGCCUCCUGUGCCAGGAGCUGCCCCUGCCCUACCUCCGGCGCAAUCUCGCCCGCCUCCUCCGCCUCCUCCCGCUGCCCCAAGGCGACAGUCUACUGUAGACAUGGGAGUAGCCUCACCUACCAGGCCUGCGCAGGCUGGAGAAGACAUUGGAGAGGGUACCGAGUAUGAGGGCGAUUAUGACACCGAUAUUGCGUCGCUCGCGCCCCAUAAAGAUGCCUUGUCAGCACAUGAUCAAGAAUCUAGCUUGGAAGAAAACAGCCUCAUGUCGCCAUUCAACGACGCACCGCCGAAUGCUCCUCCGCCCCCGCCUGCUCCGUUUGCUUCAACCCCGAGAGCUGCACCACCAUCUGUACCCCAGUCCCCACCUCUUCCGCGAAGAUCAACAGACAUGUCGCGCUCUGUUCCGUCACUGCCACCCCCGGUCCCUCCGCCCAAGGAAAGCCACGAUGCUUUGUUCAUCCAAAAUCCUCGUAAAUCAGAAGAUGUUGCGGAAUCGCCAGUUUUAGAUGAGCCAACACCUCUUGCCUUUGACGCCAGAGCAAUUUCCCCCCCUGAUCGAAACGUCCCCCCUCCAGUUGGUGCGCGCCCGAGGGCAUCAGUAGAGAUGUCCAGACCUAGCCUCAGCGCUCCCAGGAGGUCAAUUGAUCACCACCGCCCUUCUAUGGAUUCUGGCUUUAUCGCAGGAGACAUUGACUUGGCUGUGCAGAGUGGUUGGUGGAAGCAGUCGAAUCAAGUCCCCCCUGUCCUCCAAGGCAGAAAGGAUAUCUACUUUGAGUGUGAUGAAACGACUACGACAAAUCAAGGCGAGCAGACGAUGAUUACACGUGAAACUUUCAUCCUUUUCCAAGAUUACUCGCAGACUAUACUUACAGCUCGCUAUGACCCUUAUGACCCUUCAACUGUGGAGUUGGACCAGCGACAUGAGGGGCCACCCAAGACCAUGCGACAGGAUCAGAUGGAGGAGGCUUACGACACUUUUGGACGAAAGAUUUCUGCAGCUGCUCUCGCCAAGAAGGACCAAGUUGUCGGCGACGGUAGUGCGCCGAGCUUCGUCUUGGAAAUGAUCCGUCCCUUGGAGGAUGCCUUGUGGCCUAUUAGCACUCGAUCGUAUGGCGCCCUCGUUUACGCCAACAUGGCCAAUGCGUCUACCCAGCAGCAUGAUGCUAUUCGCCCCGGAGAUAUUAUCACCAUUCGAAAUGCCAAAUUCCAGGGCAAACAUGGCCCGAUGCAUGCCAAGUACUCCGCUGAAGUGGGCAAGCCUGAUCAUGUCGGUAUAGUGGCGGAGUGGGAUGGCACCAAGAAGAAGGUACGCGCUUGGGAGCAAGGUAGAGAUGGCAAGAAGGUGAAGCAGGAAAGUUACAAGCUGGAUGAUUUGAGGAGCGGCGAGGUCAAGAUCUGGCGUGUAGUCUCACGAAGCUGGGUUGGCUGGCAGAAGAAGGCGCUCGCUUAG